AUGGCCUACCCUCGUCCAGAUUUCACCCGCAAAUCACCAAACUGGCAAACCCUAGAUGGUCCCUGGUCCUUUCUAUUCGACGAUGCAGACAAAGGUCUAAGAACCCAAUGGCAAAAAAAUCCCCUUCCAGACAAGUCUACCAAUGACACCCACCAGAAACAAACCAUAAACGUACCCUACGCAUUCCAAACCCCAGCAUCAGGAAUAAACCUCUACGAAGCUCACGAAGUCCUCUGGUACGAGCGCCAGAUAACCGACAUCCGCACAUCAGCCGAGAUAAACAAGGGAAACAGACUCUUCCUUCGUUUCGGAGCAGUAGACUACGAGUGUAUCGUCUGGGUAAAUGGUGCCCACGUUGGUGGUCAUCAUGGUGGCCAUGUCCCCUUUGAUAUCGAUAUCACGGACGCACUUCUACCAGAUGCAGACGAAGCUAGAGUUACUAUCCGUGUGCGAGACUCACCCACUGAUCUGGCUCAACCACGCGGAAAACAGUUCUGGGGCCCAGUCCCGGAGUCUAUCUUCUAUACCCCUACAAGCGGGAUCUGGCUUUCUGUUUGGCUGGAAAGCGUUCCGCGUAUGAGGAUCUGUGAUGGAAGUGGAGGUACAGUUUUACGGGCUGAUGAUAUCGAGUCUGGGGAAAUCAGUGCGCAUAUCGCUAUUCAGGGACGUGCGGCGUCGGAGAAGCCUUAUGUGGAGGUUGAGGUUUGUUUGGCGGGUGUGAAGGUUAGCUUGACACAGGCAGAUGUGCAUGAUAGUCGGGACUGGGCAGAGCUCAAGACUAGUGUGAGGUUGUCUAAGGAGCAGAUCUUGGAGGUGAAGAAGAUUGAUCCAGCAUUAAAGGCCGAGGAUAUUUGGCAUGCAGCUGAUGACCAGGCUGUGGCACUGUGGGCACCUGAACAUCCGAUCCUCUAUGAUCUCACACUGAGACUCUAUGAUUCGUCUCAGGUCUUGAUUGAUGAGAUCCAGACUACGACUGGUAUGCGGUCGCUCUCGUGGACAACUGGAGAUGGGACGUUCCGGUUGAAUGGACGGCCGUAUUUCCAGAUGCUCUUCCUUGAUCAGGGAUACUGGCCUGAGACCGGAUUGACGCCCCCUUCGUCUGAGGCUUUGAAAGCAGACAUUGAGAUGGGCAAGGCUUUGGGCUUUAAUGGGUGUCGGAAGCAUCAGAAGGUCGAGGAUGCACGCUUCCAAUAUUGGGCCGAUCGUUUGGGAUGGUUGGUUUGGGGAGAAAUGGCGAAUGCGUAUGAAUUCGGAGUGGAUUACGUGGAGCGCAUGGAUGCUGAGUGGGCAGACGCUGUGAGGAGAGAUAUCAAUCAUCCAUGCAUUGUAACAUGGACCCCUGUUAAUGAGAGCUGGGCAUAUACGGAUCUUAAGGGGAGUAUCGAGCAGCGGAAUCAUAUUCGCUCGCUGUACUACUUGACCAAAUCCAUAGAUCCAAGUAGACCUAUCAAUGACAACUGUGGUUGGGAACAUGUCCUCACGGACCUGACAACCUACCAUGACUACACUGAUUCCCCCGAGCUUACAGCCACAUGCUCAAAGAUGGAAGGUGGUAUUUUAGGCCCUAAGGGUGGUCAUGACAUGUUCACGAAGCCUAUUUACUCUGGCUUCUCGGGCCAUACACUUCUCGAUUCCGGUGCACAGCACAAAGCAGGAGCUCCGGUGAUCUGCACUGAGUUCGGAGGCGUGAAUAUUACACCACCGAAAGAUGGUAAAGCUGCUGGAGAGCGAGACUGGGGCUAUACUACCGCGGCGGAUGUAGAGGACUUCCUCGUUCGAUUCGAGAAAUUGACUAUGGGUAUCGUCAAGGGUGGUCAUUCUUGUGGAUUGGUUUACACGCAGCUGUGUGAUAUCGAACAAGAGGUCAAUGGACUUUAUUCCUAUGACAGGAAGGAAAAGGUCCCCGUUGCUCGAGUCAAGGCUAUCAUGGAUGCCGCAAAGGACCACUACUAUCACCAUGUAGGUGUCCAAAUGCAUGGUGCGAAGGGAUGGAAGAAGCUCGUGGAGCAGGGAAAACAGUUUUUGCACCGUUAG